UGUAUUUAGAGGAGGGACUCCAUCAUUUAAAAAGACAGAAGUUCCUGGUUUACCAGUGAGGAAGGAAGAGAGGCAGCAGUAAACCAUCAGAGCGUCAGCAUGAAAGUCCAUCACACUUUGAUCUGUUUCUUCUUCCUCUCACUGUGUGGGGGAGACUCCGGGCUCGUCAGUGCAACCACGUUUGCAGGAGCUGUAGGAGGAACUGGUGGAAUUAGUUGCUUCUUGUCUCUGUCUGGAAGCAACAAGUUCUUCUGUAAGGAACAAUGUAAAGCAGAAGAUAUUCUCAUUAAAACAGAUGGCCUCACAGCUCAGAGUGGCAGAUACAGCACUGCAUUCAGAAACACUUCUUCUGAAAGAGGAAUUCUCACUGUGACCAUCACAAAUCUGACCAAGUCCGACUCAGCAUGGUACAGGUGUGGUUUGGGACCAACCGUUGUUCCAUAUUCAUAUGCUGACUUUGAGAUCAGAGUUUUAGAUGCAACGUUGGAUGGAAUCUCUGGUUUUGUCCAUGCAGAUACUGAAGGAGAAACUAUUGUUUAUGGAUGCCACGGUACUGUUUACGGAAAGCAGAAGUUCUUGUGUAAGGGCGAUUGUAAAACAGAAGAGGACAUUCUCAUUGAAACAGAGGAGAACAGAGCUCAGAAUGGCAGACACAGCAUUCAAUAUAUAAACGGAUCUGUAUUUGGACUGUAUGUGAUCAUCACACAGGUGACCAAGUCAGACACAGGAUGGUACAAGUGUGGUUACGGCAGAGCUUUGUCUCCAGAUUCAUACAGGAUGUACCCGGUCCUUGUCAUUGAUGCCUCCACACCAACAACAACAUCAACAACAACACCAACAACGACAACAAAGUCGACAGCCCUCUCCUCUGUCUCUCACCCAGGUCUCCUCUUGGCUCUGGUUGUAUGCAUGCCCUUGCUUUGUGUUCUGUUGGCUGCUUUGCUGCUGCUCCUCUACAAAUGGAAGACAAGCAGGAACUUUGGUUUGAACACCAAAGGAAAUGCAGACGGCAUGCACGUGGAGUCUUCCGUCAACUAUGUGAAAUAUGCUGACGACAACACACGUUAGAACAACCCUGAAUCCAGGACCACACCUACUGAAUCCAGAUUGUGCAGCUUAUAGCUUAUAAAGUGUUGCAAGGUCAUUUUUCCGAGGGUGUUCACCACUCACUUGAUUAUUUUGAAAUGUCCAAUUUGUCUUUUGUUUUAUUCUUCUUUUAAACUUUGAGCAAUGCAUAGGGAAAUUAGUGCUAUCCAGCGUUUACCAGUUGUUCAAUAAGUCAUGCCAGGUUGCAUUCAGGAUUACAGCUAAAUGCUGCUUCGUGGUUAGUUUGGGCCCGUCUAUAGAUCCAAGAGCCCUACUCAGUUUGAAUUCUUUAAGCAUAUUAGAGACGUAUGUUGUGCACAAACUAUUCAGUUUAUAGACUAGAUGCAGCACUUGAGCAGACAUGAAUCCAGGGAAGUGUACAGUUUUCUACUUUUCUCUUUACUUUCUAUUUAAUGGUACUUUUUAAACAAUGUCUAGGGAAUGGGGAAGAACCUGUGCAGUUAUCACCUGCUCCAGUAGCAGUGAAAAACUGACUGUGAAACACACAAGCAUUUAUGUGCUGAAGAGAAUGUUCACAUGCCAGGCAAUUAAUUAAUUAAUGGUGAAUACAAAAAACAUGAAAACAUCUCUAACUCUUUCUCUCCUACUUCCCUGUCUAUUUUCACCUGUCCAAUGAAAAUAAAGGCAUAAAAAAAAACAAAAUAUCUUUAAAAAAAUAUUUUUACAAUCUUUUAUAUUACAAUAAUUUCAAGUUGUGUUCCUAAUCAUUACGUCUGUGGUUAUAAUUAUGAUAGUUUGGAUAUUCCUUGCAUCAAACCUUUAAAUAUUGCAGCAAAGCAUACAUAUACUGUACGACUAACAUAGGUUAAAAGUGUGAAUAUGAUUAAGCAUUUGGAAUAAAUCUGGCACAGUUCACCAAACUCA